GUGAUAGGUGAUGAAUAUAAUUCCAUUUGAUUUCUAUUUCAGGUUUUAGCCCGUUUUGCGAAAUUAACCCAUCGUAAAGAUAUUUGAAUCGGCUUUCAGUAACGGCAAAUUUAAAGUACGUCAUUAAUAUGGCGCCAAAAGAGUUUAAAGUAUGAGCUUAUUUUGUUGUGAGGUUGCAGAACCCUCGCACAAGAGGGAGAACAUGAGCGGGCAAGAGGGGAAGCGAAUGGGCAGGCGAUGUUUUUUCGGCAGAACGUCUCGAAACUAGCUUGCAACAUUUCAUUCCCUGAAAAUGAAGCAUAUUUUUUUCAUACUGGAUCUGAAAACACACUCACGUGACAAAUCGGGAUCUGGGGGAUAUCACAUUGGACUAUUUUCAAAUGCGACAUGGCUUUGAAAAUUAUAUUUGUUAGCUUACCGUGCUGUACCCGGCAUAGCUUUAGCUUACAUUAGAACUGACUUGCUGGCUGCAGCUCGAGGCUAUCUUGCAAGCCGUUAGACAAUUUGGAUUUACGGAUGAUACUCCUAAAGUCUGCUAAAGGUAGCUAACAGUUAGCUACAUUAACUGUAUUUAGCUGAGAACUGCGAAGGCGGCCAUCGCAGUUUUGUUGAAUAAUGUUAUGCUGCCGGAUAGACUUUAUAAUGGAUUAAAUUUGUAAAUUGCUACUUUUUAUUUUGACUCUCUUGGGAGAGCAUCUGAUCGACGUGCUGUCACCACAGCCUCGCAGGCACGUCCUGUCACCAACGUGGAUAGUCGGUGGGCUAACGUUAACUAGCUAACUAGCUAGGGUAGUUGCACUGGAAUUUGACCACCGUGAAAUUCACUGUCACUACAUGUGGUUAACUUCAAAUGAUUUCGUGAUUUCUCAUCGUCCAGAGUCGAGGACGUUUUCGCCAUCGGAAGCUGACUGCAAUCAAGGUAAAAAGAUGGAGAGUGAGAAGAAGAGAAGAAAAUACUCCACCAGCAGCAAUGACUCGGACACCACUGACAGUCAAGUGACCUCCUGGUCCAGGUCCUCCAAGAACACCGGGACCAGCAGCACCUGGGUCAGACAGGAGCACAAGAAACCGUCUGAGGUGUUCCGGACGGACUUCAUCACGGCCAUGAAGCUGCCAGACUCGGCCCAGCUGGGCCCUGAUGACUUCUACGUGCUGUCUGACCCCUGGAGACAGGAGUGGGAGAAGGGGGUCCAGGUCCCCGCCAGCGUAGACGCCAUCCCAGAACCCGUCGUCAGGAUGCUACCGGAGGUGGGGCGUAUCCCGUUCUACUGGCCUGUGCAGGGCCAAGGCCGGGGGUGUGUGCUGGGCCUGGGGCUGAGCCAGAGGGACAUGAAGACCACCGAUGAGCCCCACAGUCGCUAUGACCUGGAUGACAUGGACGUGUCCUGGCUGGAGCUGGUCAACCAGGAGUUCAGGGAACUAGCGCUGCCGGAGCUGGACGAGCUGACCAUGGAGCGUGUUCUGGUGGAGCUGGAGAGCCAGUGUGAGGAGAACAUGCAGCAGGCCAUAGAGACGGAGGAGGGCCUGGGCAUCGAGUACGACGAGGACGUGGUGUGCGACGUGUGCCGGUCCCCCGAGGGAGAAGACGGCAACGAGAUGGUCUUCUGUGACAAGUGCAACAUCUGCGUACAUCAGGCGUGUUAUGGGAUCCUGAAGGUCCCACAGGGGAACUGGCUGUGCCGAACCUGCGCCCUGGGGGUGCAACCCAAAUGUCUGCUGUGCCCCAAGAGAGGCGGAGCCCUGAAGCCCACCCGCAGUGGAACCAAGUGGGUCCACGUCAGCUGUGCCUUAUGGAUCCCCGAGGUGAGUAUAGGCUGCCCGGAGAAGAUGGAGCCCAUUACCAAGGUGUCCCACAUCCCCUCCAGCCGCUGGGCCCUGUUCUGCAGCCUGUGUCGAGAACACACAGGCACCUGCAUACAGUGCUCCAUGCCGUCCUGCAUUGUGGCCUUCCACGUGACUUGCGCCUUUGACCAUGGCCUUGAGAUGCGCACCAUCCUGGCGGAGAACGAUGAAGUGCGCUUCAAAUCCUACUGCCUGGAGCACAGCAGCACUACCGCCUCCGGCAACAGUAACAACACCAUGGCCGGCAACAGUAACCACACCAACAACGCUGGUGCCAGCAGCAAACCAGACUGGGCUGGACACGGCAACGACCACAGAGCCUCCGUAACUGCGCCGGACCACCACCAAGCGACCAGCGAGCUGCCGCCGUCAGAGCGGCCGCUGCCGCCUGUGGAGCGUCCAGACCGGGACCAGAUAGAGCGGGAGAAGGCCAGCCAGCGCAAACAGAAGCUACAGGAGCUGGAGGACGAGUUCUACCGCCUGGUGGACCCCAAAGACGUGGCGGAGAGCCUGGGCCUGCCGGACGCCCACGUGGACUUCCUGUACCAGUUCUGGAAGCUGAGGAGGAAGUCCAACUUCAACCGUCCUCUGGUGACGUUGAAGAGAGACGAGGUAGAUAACCUGGCGCAGCAGGAGCAGGACGUGCUGUACCGACGCCUCAAACUGUUCACACACCUACGCCAGGACCUAGAGAGGGUGAGGAACCUGUGCUACAUGGUCACGCGGCGGGAGAAGAUGAAGAGUUCCCUGUGUGACCUCCAGGAGAAGAUUUUCCACCUGCAGAUCCAGCUGCUGGAGGAGGACCUAGCUGGAGAGAAAACCAUGAAGGGCCAUAAGGGAAGACAGAACGGGGUGAAGGAGAAGGGGAAGGAGCGGCGGAAAAGCAGUCCGGAGAAGAAGAAAGAGAGGUGGAAGUCUGACAACGGCUCCCUCCUCAAACAGCUAGGUUUCCCCAAGACCUUCCCUCUGGACAACUCGCUGUUUGACAGCUGGCUGGCCCAGUCGGUGCAGAUCACGGCUGACGACAUGCUGAGCCAGUGGGCCCUGGACGCCGGGCAGCACCGUGACAAGACGGCCAGCUUGCUGUCUGACCAGCUGCUGCAGGGAGAGGAGAGCCUGCUCAGCCUUAUGAUGGACCACUCCAUGAAGUCCACCUGGAAAACCCCUCAGCUGGGCCGCAAGACCCGGGGCAAGCCCAGAGCCCGGGCCCAACACUCCACCGCCGUAGCAACCACCCCGCCUUCUGCCACCGCUGUCAGCCCCGCUGCUGCUGCCACCGCCUCCUCCACAGCCACAGCCAAGGGGACUCUGCUGGCAGAUGACAGGCCAGGCCACGGGGCCCGUAGAGGGGAGAGGUCCCGGGGCUCCAAGGCCCUCCACCACCAUCACCACCACCCCCAGACCAGGAGCACUGAGGCACCGCUGGACCCGCCGCCGCAGCCGCCCACCUCCAAAAUGGACUCCUGUCACAUCUCGGAGGAGCGCGGCCCCUGGGACAGCCUCACUGGUACAGGGGCAGCGUCCACCCCCACGCCGCCCCCUCUGGCCUCCUGCUCCCCCCCACAACCCUGCAUUAGUCCCGGGACAGUGCCUGAGGGGAGGUCAGGGGGGGGUCCCGGUCACCGCACGGCCCUGCGCCUCCGCCUGCCCCGGCAGGGUAAGUCCCGGGGGAAGGGUGGGGGUGGAGGGGGGAAAGAGGUGGUGGAGCGCCCCCUGAAUAGGGAGAGAGAGAGGGACCCCCACCCAGUGAAGGAGACGUCAUCGUCGUCGCUGCUGGACCCCGAGACGGACGGCUACUUCUCUGACGCCGAGCAGAGCGACUCGGACACGCGCUCCAGCGGCCGCAAGCUCCGCCUGGCCCAGUUGCAUUCUGGGAGCGAGGACCUGCUGAGGAGGAGCGUGCUAGCGUUGUAGAAAAAAAACUGAGACGCUCACACACACCAUCGUCCAGAAGACACACUGAUUUCUCAGAUUGACCGGAGCUCCAUCCCAGCUCCCGCUACCAUGGCUACUGUCUGUCUGUCCGUCUGUGCUUUUGAUAUUAUACAUGCCGUUCUUUUCACUCUAGAUCGCUUUAAUGAACCAAAUCUCUGUACUUCACUAGUCCUAAAUCAGUCUCUCUGCUCUGUCCUGGGGAUUUGAACAUAGCUGUUAGUCAGAUAGCUACAUACACAACGAGACCCUAGAUGUUAGUAGUGCUUGUUAAAGUAACAAAUGCUGUAUGAUGACGUAAGAAGACAAAGAGGAAAUGGAUUUUGGACAAUGUUACAUUUUAGGUUUUAUUUUGAAGUAUAACAUGGCGGUGAACCAUGUCAUCAACCCUUCCUAGUGGUGUGGUCAGUGGUGACUAGCCGCUAGCAUUGGGGUGAAUACUUUGUGGGCAUUAUAAGCUGGUUCAGACGAAUCUCUUCCUUUCUCUUGGCGUAAGAUGGAAUCCCGCGAGGCGAUUCCUGGGAUCUGAUGUUUUUAAAAAGCCUUUCAGUUCAGCAUCAUUCUGAGAAAUGUGCAGAAAAUAUCAAACAAAUAUUAGACUUUUAAAAGCACAAAUAGCUAACAGGAACUGUAACACAAACAUUGCGGCAUAAACAGACACACUCUUUCAGAAAUGCACACCAGACACAUUACACAAACAUUACACACACACACACACACACACAUACUCUAAACGACUCUGUCUGGAUCCAGCCGUUGUAGAAACAUACUGGUUGAUAAUUACGUCAGCUCUUCACUGACUCCUCCUCAUCUUCCGUUUGGGCCUGAAUCAUUGGAGAAACAGUAUUUUAUCGUGUGCCUUCUGUCGCUCCCCCAAAAAUAAGUUUAUCAAUCACUUCUAUAAUCAGAUUUGUUACAAUCAAAAAAAGGAAAAUCUGUUGUGUUGGCCAUCAAGCGUACUGAAACAGAGGGCUUCUCGGACCUUAAUUGUAGUGCCUAAAAAAAAAUAUGUAAAUGCAGCUUUUGCCAUUAAUCAACCCAACCGCAUGCAAAGCCACACCGUUCUACCAUAUUUGUGCAAAGUGCUGCCCCAACAAAGCAACUUCUGGAGUCAUUGUUGCUCCAGUCAGACGAAUCGUAUAGUCAGCUACAGCACAGAGUUCUGGAUUCUGACUACUUUUUUGAGUUCUUUGUAAAUUUGUUGGGUUUUUUUCGUCUCAGAGAGUUGUAUUUUGUACUAAAAGCGGUCCACAGUAUUUUCUCAGGGUUUAAAAAAAAUAAAAAAUAAAAAAAAUAAUAAUUGAAGGCGACGAAGAAGGGUUGAAAAUGUAUUGAAAUCAAAGUUCAUCCGUAAAUAUAUAAUACCAUAUACAGGCCUUUUCUACAUAUGAUAGGUAUGUAUAGAAAAGGUUCCUUUGGCAAUGCUCACUGUUUAAACUCUGACUACUACUGUGCUGAGAGCUUUUCACAUGUCUCAGUCAGUACACUACUACUACUACCCACCUGGCUGUCUCCUGAGUUGAUAAUGCCAAAGAACAGUGUGUAUAACAGACAGGGCACCAUGCACUUACUCUGUCUGCGUCCCAAAAUGGCACCCUAUUCCCUGCUUAGUGCAUAAGGUGACAUUUGUGACGCAGCCUCACAUGGGAGUUGUGCAUUGCUCAGGCCUGCGCUGGCAUGGUGUGACUCGGCCUUUUUAAAGAGGGGGGCGUCCUGACACCCACCACCACUAUUCCACCUUGGACUCUCCCAUUCCCUGCUCCCACAGGUGUGUUACUUACUGGCCCUCUGUGCCACUGACCUACUCUGGAUGGAGUGGCCUACGUCCCCCUCCCCCCAACCUGGAGAGAGUUGAAUGCUGCUGAACCGUGUGUGGAUGGGCGGCUGAUGGCUGAGCCCGCUGACAACCCCCAGCGCUGGUAUAACAGGGUCGUAAUGUAGAAGAUGACUCGUUUUUUUAUGUUUUCCUGUCCCAGAGGGGACACAAGGAUUCAGGAUGAAACUUCCUAAAGCAGCGUAUUGGUCAGGUGACACUGUCUGUCUACAGCCAGUCUGGCUCCUUCCUUUCCAUCCACCGUAACCCUUGGAGGCAGACCAUUACAACCAUAGAAACAGAAUGAGUAGCACAUUCUAUUCAUUCGUAUUCUACAGUUACAACAUAAUACCAUAAGAACAACAAUGCUCAUCGUUGUCUGCAGAUAGGUCGUCGGGGUGGGUGAGUGGGGUUAGCACUGUAGUAAACCCACAGAAUCCACCCCCACCACCUAACCGUUUACGUGUUGCUAAGACAAUGAAAUGUAAACUUGGUUUCAAUAUUCAAUAUAUACACAGAUUUAGACUAGGCUGUGUUUUAGAUGGGACCCUUCAUGUACGGCCCCCAACGUAGUAGAAAACAGGUUGUUAUUAUUCUUAUUAUUGGAGAGGGGCGUCUACGCCCUCUUCCUCCGCUUCUUUUCAGAAACAGUAGGCUGGAGUUUUAGUGAGGUGGUGAGGCGUUUCAGUCCAGCAGGCAGCAGGUGACAGCACUUUUCAUGCAGACUAUAGAUUAAUGAAUGGAUGGUAUUAUCCCACAUUAUUCUACAGAGUAUGGAUGGAUGGUAUUAUCCUACAGAGUAUGGAUGGAUGGUAUUAUUAUUAUUAUCCUCCUCAAGCAGGGAUUCUUUGCCCCAUUCCUGACGACCCACCUGGUUUGCAUGUUUUAUUCCAGCCCUACACUAACACACCGUAUUCUGCUAAUCAAAUUGAUGAUCAGUUGAGUAGGGUGUGUUAGUGCUGGGCUGGAACAAAACGUGCAUUCCCGACAGUGGGUCCCCUGGAAUUGGGUUGAGAAAUGCUGCUUUGCCGUUGCUGUGGAUGAAUGUCCUAGUGCUGUCUCCGUACCACCCAGCUGCUGCUGCCGCUGCUGUUGUUGUCUGUAGCGUGACAAAAGCCGUCAGCACACUAACAGAACACAACAUCAUUGAAAAGGAUCUCCUCUUCUGUGUUAGUUGCUUUAUCCCUUAGGGAACUGGUUCAAGUAGUUUGACUGCCGUUUACUUAUCUGUUUUUAUUUUUAUGCACCAACAAUAAUGUAGAAUACUGUACUAGAAACCCUUUUUGUUUCCGUGUUAAAAGCCUUCGCAAGCUGUUUUUGUAACGCUUCAGCCGCGGCUCAUAUAACUAGAAUGCUGACUCAUAAUCAGACCGACUGCUUCCUUACUAGCGCUUCUCCGACCGUCGACUGACUGCUUCCACACUGGGAAGUAUGGUUCCAAUCCAACACCCGCCCCGCAGACCAGUGCUCUGUCUCACUUCCCUCCCCUUCUUCAGUGUUCCCGACGGCCCGCCUCAGCUCCUUCAGAGUUUUGAAGCACGGGCGUGUCAAAGGAAGAAGCUUUAAGGACAAAUAAUGACGUGCAUGUGUUGUGUAAUGGAGGGAGCGUUUGUCACUGCUGCCGCUCUGGGCAGAAGAGCGAAAGAUCGAGAGGGAGAGAGGGAAACACUGGUGGAGGGAGGGAGAGUGAGAGAGAGAAACACUGGUGGAGGGAGGGAGAGUGAGAGAGAGAGAGAGGACAGUUUGUUCUUUCCUCUUAGUGUUUGCACCCUGUCCACAGUGAACUUAACAGACAGGGAAUCUAAACAACACCCCUCCCUCUCUCUGUCCCUCCCUCUGUGUGGCUCACAAAACGUAAAGUGCAAACACUUCUCUGUUUUCACUGGAGCUAGGAUUAUUUACUUUCUCUGGUUUUGUUUUAUAUGCAGAACCAGAGAGAAAUUGAUUUGAAAGGUGGGAACUGCAUAGCCAGUAGUGAGUGUGCGUUUGUUUUAGUGUCUGUCCGAGUCAAUGCUUGUGUGUGCGUGCAUGUUUGUCUGUGUCUGUCGAGUCACGAGUGUGUAUCUGUGUGUGUGCAAGCAUUUGUGUGUGUGUGUGUGUUUCUGGGCUAAUUGAAGUUAAAAUGGUCAGGCCAGCUCCCCAGUGGGCUGAUCAGCGUGCAGCUGAAGCCUGGGAGAGACCUUUUGUUCUCUCACUUCCUCCAAGGAGAAGACUCACAGAAACUAACCGCUGCUCUCUGGCAACACAGCGUGUGCAUCUCAAAUGGCAUCCUAUUCCCUAUUAUAGUACCUACGGCCCUGGUCAAAGGUAGUGCACUAUGAAGGAAAAAGGGUGCCAUUUAGGAUGUACUCAAGCUAUUUGUGACCAGCAGGGUCACAGAAUGUGUUCCUCUCAUUAAAUUCAAUAGCAUUUCAAAAUGUUCAAGUUCCACAGUUCAAACAACUUGCUCCCAUGUUUGUUUGCGACUUUCGUUCCGUGACUUGUAUGAAUACACGUAUGAAUCCAUUUCCAGGAGAGAAGGUUUAUCCAUAACCAUAGCUGCUCCUCCUAAGGUCGGGCUAAUUUACCGGUUGUGUCUCUGCAACAGAGCCAAGCUCUGAUACUUAGCAGGUUUUGUUUUUUGUAGUUGAUCUGGCAUCACUUUGCUGCCUCCAAAUUCAGGCUACAUCACAAACGGCACCCACUUCCCUAUAUAGUGCACUACUUUUGACCAGGGCCCCAUAGGGCUGUGGUCAAAAGUAGUGCACUAUGUAGGAAAUGGGGUGCCUUUUUCUGACGUUGACUUACACCGGCACUAAUUGGUCUUUUGACCAAUCACAUCAGAUCUUUUUUCAGAGCUGGUCUGAUUGGUCAAAAGACCAAUUAGUGGGGGGAAAAUAUCAGAAUCGGGCUGCCUGUAAACACAGCCAAUAUGCCUGUCCUGUAUCUCCUAAUGGUCACAUGCGUCAUUUUGAUAGGAGUACGUGAUCUCUCCGAUCAAAGCAGACUCUGACAUGGUUCCUCCUCCCUCCACCACGUGGCUGUCUUAUUUGUCCUUUAAAGGCGCUGAAAUCUCUGCUGCCGUAUCCUAUCAAAUUCCACACCCAAUUAGGCUCGAUCUGCAUCAGUUCUACAAUACGAUAAUAUGAAUGUUGCAGGAGUUUAUCCUGUAUUCUUUGUUUCAAAGAAUGUUGUGCCAUUUGUUAAUAGCAAAGAGAAAUAUUGAACAUAUAUUAAAAAGAAGAGCUAUUUUAAAUUAUUUUUUGGCUUUUUUUGCAAUAUUUAUUUUCUUGUAUUAGAGUCUUUGUAGGAGGAAAAACAAAAAAUGUAUUUUUCAUUAGUGCAAAAAACUAUUUUUUCCUUUUUGUACACUUUCAAUGUUAAGCAAAACGUUAAAAAGCAAUAUUAUGAUGUUCCAUGUGACUGUAUCUGCAUGCUGUUUGUGUUGCCUUAAAGACGGCUGCUGCGUCCACUAUGACCCCCUCCCCACCUGCCCCCCCCCUCCUCCCCCCGGCACUAUGGUGUGGUUGACCAGUGUAGUCAAUAAAGCAGUGCUUUCUGUGUA